AAUCGAGUACUAACCAUCGUGGUCUUGUCCCUCGGGGUCCCCUUGGCCGCCGCCGGUGGAUUUGGGGGGGGGGGUGGACACGGAGGCGGUUUUGGCGGCGGACACGGAGGUGGUUUUAGCGGCGGAAAACGGAGGUGGAUUUGGGCGGUGGUGGGAUUCGGAGGAUCUGGAGGAUAUGGCGGAAGAGGAUUUGGAGGUGGUCAGGGGGGCUUCGGUGGGGAUUUGGCGGCGGUCAUGGAGGAUUCGGAGGCGGUCAUGGAGGAUUCGGAGGCGGUCAUGGAGGAUUCGGGGGGGUUUUGGAAAUUGGAGCUAAGGGCAGAGAAGAUCAAGUCAAGCUGUAAAUUUAAGAAGUUUACCCAAAAUGUUUAUUGUUUUUUGAAAAACAAAAACUUUACCCCCUUUGUCAUCAAUGGACUUUUAAAUCGUUUCACUCUCAACAGCCCCUUCGGGAAAAUAGGGCAGUGCCGAGAGUUUGUGAUGAGAAGUAAAUCAACUAAAGCUGCCCAUAAAAUAUCAUACAAGCACUUGGAUUUUAAAGGAGCAGCAAAUGAAUGCCCAAAUUUGGGGCUCUCAGCUGAUGUCAAACCAAUUGAAAAACUUUGCAGUUUUUUGGUCAAAAAAAUUUCUAAGAGAAAAUUUGGAAAGGAACAAGAUGAGGAAACUCACAUCCAAGUGUGCACAGAAAUCUGCAAAAUCUACGGUAUUAGCGGCGAAAAACCCCGUGGGAUUAGGGGUGAAAACUUAAAUGCUUUUACUAUUAUAAGAAUCAGUAUCUUCACCGUCGUGGUCUUGCCCGGUGGUCGCCGGGCCCCCGCCGGUGGAUUUGGGGUGGACACGGAGGGGAUUUUGGGGUGGACCGGAGGCGGAUUUGGCGGUGGGCACGGAGGCGGAUUUGGUGGUGGACACGGAGGGGGAUUUGGGG